AUGGCCAUUAAUAGUAAUUGUGGACUUCCUAUUGGAGUAUAUCAAGUAAAUAUUGGAGAAUCUUUAUUAUCAAAAGAUAACAAAAAAACUUUUCAUUCAAUUAAAUAUGACUUUCGACCAGCCAGUAUAUCAUCUGGUGGUGCUGAAACAUUCCUUCAAUUAUCACAAAAUAGUUAUGUUAAUGUUGCAAUAGAAAAUGAAUCAAAUAAUUCAUUAAUUUUAUAUAAAGGAUCAGAUAAUAAAAUGAGUAAUAAUAAAGAAUGUAUGAUGUUACUUGAUCCUAGUACUAAUAAAUUAACAAUUGAAAAAUUAAGUAGUCAAAUAAGGGUAAAAUAUUUAAGAAAUCCUGCAGAUCAAAUUGUCCAAAUAAUACGAGAUCAAAUUGAACAUAAAAAAGGUUUAAAAAAAGAAAAACCAUCUGAAAUUUGUAGAUCAGAGGAGAGAGAGAAAACUACACCUAUUAAGAAUUCAACUUCUUUUAAUAAAAUGAAAGAGGCAAAACCUACAAAAAUGGAUUCAACUGAAGAUUUAUUAAAAGGUUUAGAUAUAGAUUCACCAAAGAAUAUAAUUGAAGAUGUUAUUGAUAAAAAGGAGGAUAAAUCGUUAAGCAAAUCUAUUGUAGACAUAUCAGAUUUUGACGACAGUAGUGAUGAUAAUUUUGACGAUUUCCUAGAUCAGGCAGUUAAAACAAAAGACAGUUUUGUUCAGGAAGAAUCACCGGGUAUAGAAAAGUCAAUUAAUAAUGUAAAUAGUAGUAGCAAAGUAGUUUCAGAAAAAUCUAAUAAUGAUUUUAUGGAUUUCUUUGAUAGUAUUAAUGAUAUUUCAAAUAAAAGUCCAAAUAAAAUUGCCACAAAAAGUCCAAAGAAAAAUUCACCAGAAAGCAAUAAAAAAAAUCUUCAAGAAAAUAAUCCUGUAUUAUUUAAUCAAAAUAUUUUUGGAUCAUUAGAUGAUUCCUCAGAUGAGGAUCCAAUUGUUGAAAAAGAAAAAGCCAAACCAGUUGAAAAUAAAACUACACCACAAAAUAAAAUGGUAAUGGGUCCGGGUGGUCGUAUGUGGCAUGAUGACUUAGAUUUAAGUGAAGACGAAGAUGAAGAUUCCGAUGAUGACUAA